UCUGCCCUCCUCCCUUGGCCGAAAUGACCCAACUCGGGGGUCUAGUCCGAGUCCUGGGGUCUUUGAAGCAUUUGAACAUUACCUCUCCCGCCCUGCCCCCAACCUCCCCUCCAGUGGUUGACACCCUCCCUCCCUUUAGCACCUUCUCAAACACUCACCAAGAGCCUACUGUGUGCCAGGCGCACAGUAGGGCUAAACAUUGGGGGUCCAAGGAGGCAAAAGCCAGGCCUGCCCUGGAGGAGCUACCCAUCUCAUAGCAGAUGGCCACAAACAAGUGCUAGGGAGGGGGAACUGCCACUGGGGAGGACUCCUGAAUGGAGCCCGAGGGCAGCCCAGCCGGUUAGCCUGGAGCGUUCCGGGGUCAGCCCUCCUCCACCCUGCUACCUGCGCUAGGGCCAGGCUUAUACCACAAAUAAUUUUUACCACAACAGCCAGGAGUGAAGAGUGGGGGGAGGAGGGAGUGAGGUGAAAGGAGACUGGAGAAGGGAAAGAGGCGGAUUCGGAAGGGCCUUGAAUGCCACCCAACAGAGCCACCUGAGUUUAUGAAGGAGGGGGAGGGACAUGAUAGGACCUGCCUCUUAGUGGCUGAAGGAAGGAUGAAUGGCAGUGGGGAGACACCUGAGGCAGGCGGACCUAGCAGGAGACUUGAAAGACUGCCAGUGUGAGGCUCCUUCCAGUGUGGGGCAGCAUCGGAGGAGAGAAGGGGGCAGGCCCAUCACGGGAGAAGAACAGCUUGAAGAACUGAGGGGUGAGGGCGCUUGUGUGUGUUGGGCAGCGGCUGGGGAGCAGAGGAAAAUGAUGCUCUGGGUAGUGAGCUCGUGGAGGGAGGGAGGGGCAAGGCCCGGGGCUCUGCAGACAGCAGCUGCCAGGAUCUGGACUGGGUGUCAGACCUCAAAGGAGGAGGGGAUGCUGAGUGAUGGAGGGAGGGGUGAAGAGGGAAGUGGGAGCAAGGAGCCUUCUAUCCCCACCAGUGAUGGGGGGAGGGCAGCCAGGACUGGAAAGGGCUUGUGCCCAGCACCUGCCUCAGAGCCUGACAGAACUCUGAAGAUGUCUUCUAAUGGUCUCCUGAACAAUAACAGUCACACUGUCCAAGAGUUCACUGAGUCUGAAAGUGACCCUGAGAGGGUCCCAAGGUCCUGAGUAACCCUGUGAGAGGUGAUUCCUGGGCCCCUCCUGCUGCCUCCAGAUCUUCAGUUCUCGGGUGACAGCGGGUAUCUGAGCCCCGGAGGGAAGAGCCCAGUGAGGUGAUCCUGCUUUUGAGUCCCCGGCUGGACUAGGAAGGGAAGGUGGUAGCGCUUUUCCUACGUGAAAAGGAAUCCCACCAGGAGACGACACUUGCCCUGAGAUCUGAGCACACAGCCCGGAGAUAGCGCCCCUGGUACUCCUGGGGAUCAGCCAGGGACUCCUGCCCACCCUGCCUGGGCAGGGAGCACUCAGCCAGGACAGGACCAUGGAGGACUUGGCCUUCAUGCCUGCGGAGAGAGCUCAGCCUCCCCAAGGCUUUGCCUUUUCCCCAGAUGGGAGGACUGAGCAAGGAACGACGCCUGGAUUCCUCCCAGCCAGGUUUCAGGCAUCGGUGACAUUAAGGGACGUGGUGGUGGUCUUUACAAGGGAGGAGUGGAGAUGUCUGGCGCCUGCCCAGAGGGCCCUGUACAGGAACGUGGUGUUGGAGACUUAUGAGAACCUGGUCUUCCUCGGGCUUCCUGUUUCCAAACUGGAUGUGAUCUCCUUGUUAGAGAGAGGAGACGUGCAGUGGAUGUCAGAGGGAGAAGUCCCCAGAGGCUCUUCCACAGGUAAUAAUUCUCUUAAUCAGGAGACCAGGUUUGAAACCAGAAACUCAAGUCUGAAGCAGGACAUUUGCAAGAGACCAUCAGUCAAGACAAGACUAACAAAGCAUAGUUCUUGGAAGUCUACAAAGACAGAAGCUGUGGAAUAUGACAUUAAUUUAGAGAAACAGAGGGUUGACCAGGAAAGGCGAUUUAAACAAGUAACAUUGUCACAGAGAGCUAUUUUUAAUGAAGUGAGUGUACCUCGACAUCAUACCUUGGCCAAAAGUUUACUCCUCAAGUCAGUAUUUGUUCCAUCAUUGAGAGGAACUAUGGAGAAAAAUCUUCAAAAAUAUAAGACACUUGGAAGGAGCUUCAGGGAUUUUUCAGACCCAUUCACAUGUAAUAUGUUUUCCUUAGGGAAGAACCUUUCUAAGUACAACAAGUUGAAGAAGCACUUCAGUUAUCACUCAGAUCUAAUUACAUUUUAUAGACUACAUACAGGAGAAAAGUUACAUGAACACAGUGAAAGUGGAAAACCAUUUGGAAGAAGAUUACAUGUUGCUAGACACCAGAAAAUUCAUAUUGGAGAGAAACUUGAGUGCAAUAGUUAUGGCAAAACCUUUAAUAGAAGAAGCCUGAUGAAAAAGAAGAAAACUGAGACUAGGAAAAAAUCCUUUGAUUGUGAUAAAUGUGGAAUAGGCUUCAACUGGAGGUCAAACCUCAUUAGACAUCAAAGAACUCAUACUGGAUUGAAACCAUUUGAAUGUAAUGAAUGUGGAAAAACUUUCAGUGAGAGGGCAUCUGUUACUAGACAUCAAAGAACUCAUACUGGAGAGAAACCCUUUGAAUGUAAUGAAUGUGGGAAAGUCUUCAGCAGGAGGGAACAACUCAUUACCCAUGAGAGAACUCAUACUGGAGUGAAACCCUUUUUAUGUAAUAUAUGUGGGAAAGCCUUUAGGGAGAGCCAAGUACUCAAAGGCCAUCAGAGAACUCACACAGGGGAGAAACCAUUUGAAUGUAAUGAAUGUGGGAAGGCUUUCAGUUGGAAAGGGCAUCUUAUUAUGCAUAAGAGGACUCAUACUGGAGAGAAACCCUUUCAAUGUAACGAAUGUGGGAAAGCCUUCUGUCAGAGGGGGUCUUUUAAUAGACAUCAGAGAACUCAUACUGGAGAAAAACCCUUUGAAUGUAAUGAAUGUGGAAAAGCCUUCAGUUUGAAAAGUGUGCUCAAAAUCCAUCAGAAAACCCACAUGGGAGUGAAACCCUUUGAAUGUAAUAUAUGUGGGAAUGCCUUCAGUGACAGAAAUAUUCUCAAAAGCCAUCAGAAAACACAUUCUAAAGUAAAACCUUUUGAAUGUAAUGCAUGUGGGAUAGGAUUCCAGUGGAGAUCAAGCCUUGUUAUACAUCAGAGAACUCACACUGGAGAGAAACCUUUUGUAUGUAAUGAAUGUGGGAAAUGCUUUAGUCGGAAGGAGAACCUUAUUAGACAUCAGAGAACUCAUUCUGGAGUGAAACCUUUUGAAUGUAAUGAAUGUGAGAAAAGUUUCAGUGAGAGCAUAUACAGCACACAUCAUAGAACACAUACUGGAGAAAGACCCUUUGAAUGUAACGAAUGUGGGAAAGGUUUUAGCCGAAAGGGAAGCCUUAUUAGACAUCAGAAAAUUCAUACUGGAGUGAAGCCCUUUGAAUGCAAUGAAUGUGGAAAAACCUUCAGUGAGAGGGCAUCCAUUAACAGACAUCAAAGAACUCAUACUGGAGAGAAACCCUUUGAAUGCAAUGAAUGUGGGAAAGUCUUUAGCCGGAGGGAACAACUUAUCACCCAUGAGAGAAUUCAUACUGGACUGAAACCCUUUCUGUGUAACAUAUGUGGGAAAGCCUUCAGUGAAAGCCAGGGGCUCAGAAGGCAUCAGAGAACUCAUACUGGAGAGAAACCCUUUGAAUGUAAUGAAUGUGGGAAAGCCUUCAGUUCGAGUAAUGUUCUCAAAAGUCAUCAGAGACUCCAUACUGGUGAGAAACCCUUUGAAUGCAAUGAAUGUGGGAGAGCCUUCAGGUCAAGUAAUGGACUCAAAAGCCAUCAAAGAACUCAUACAGGAGAGAAACACUUUGAAUGCAAUGAAUGUGGGAGAUCCUUUAGUCAGAGGAUAAAUCUCAUUUAUCAUCAGAUAAACCACACUGGAAUGAAAUCCUUUGAAUGUAAUGAAUGUGGGAAAGGCUUCUUCCAGAUGCAGAGCCUUAACAGACAUCAGCGAGCUCAUACUGGGGUGAAACCCUUUGAAUGCAAUGAAUGUGGGAGAGCCUUCAGUUCAAGAAAUGUUCUCAAAAGCCAUCAGAGAACUCAUUCAUAUAAGAGUGAAACUAUUUUAAUAUAGUCAUAAGUGAAGGCCUUUAAUGAUAAUAUUCUUAAAGGUCAUCAGAGAACUUACACUGGAAAGAAACCCAUUGAAUAUGAUGAAUGUAACAAAGGAUUCAGUUGGAGGGCAAACCUAAUUAGAUAUCAGUGUGAUGAUUAAAAAUAUGAAAGACAUGGUAUCUAGGUAAUUCAAUCAUCUUAUUAACAUGGCCAGUGAAUUUUUUUUUUGCAGGGCAAUGGGGGUUAAGUGACUUGCCCAGGGUCACACAGCUAGUAAGUGUCAAGUGUCCGAGGCCGGAUUUGAACUCAGGUACUCCUGAAUCCAGGACUGGUGCUUUAUCCACUGCCCCACCUAGCUGCCUGCCAGUGGAUUAUUAAUAGAAUGAGAUCUGUGGCCAUCUCUCUCAGACCAAAGACCCCUUCCUAGCAGUCAGGUCUUGUUCAUAUACUUUUUUUUGGGGGGGGGGUGAGGCAA